AUGUGGUGGGACAGCGGUGAAGCCGGCAGUGGCCACGGUGUUGACGACGGCGUUGUGGAGGUGGGUGGUCAUGGUGGCCAUGGCGGUCACGCCGAGCGCGGCCUCGGGCGCCACCGCCGCACCGUCGCUGCCAUGGCACGGGCACGUGCGGGCGUCUCUGCAGUGAGUGAAGAUACCACGCCCAGAGCUGUGAUGAACGUGCUUGAGGCAAAGCCGCGCCGCGGGUGGGAGUGGGUGUCGCGCACACGUGGCGGCAUACCCUCGCUUCGGCGGCUGUCGACGUCCGGUGUGGCAAUUGACGACAGCAAGAUGCCCAGCUCGCUGACGCUUGUCGAGCCGUCCAAGUCCUUCACUGCACAGGCAAUGGCGCGCCUCUUCAACCGCAUGGUCAAGGAAAUGGUGGACGUUGCUGGCGUUGGCUGCCGACUGCUUGUUCUCGGCGCGGUGCCGCCGCCCUCCGACAACGACGUUGCCCGCAUCACACCGCUCGAGCAAGCAGCAGAGCAAGAGCACGAGACUGCCACAACGGCCACAACGGCCACAAUGGCCGCCGCAGCUGCAGCUGGCGAGGAUGAACCGGAAGCAAAACGUGCAAAGAAAGAGACACCUGCUGCCAGCGUCAGCACCGCUGAAGCCAGCGGCCACGGCGACGCAGCAGCGGCAUCCAAAACGCACAACAAGGCUGCGGCGGCUGAGCUCGAGCAAAAGCGGGAGCAGCGCAGGAGCAUGCAGCGUGCGCUGCUGCGUGCUGCGUUUGAGGCCGUGGAGACGCAGAUGGAGCGGGCAUGGACGUGGGUGCGCACGGGGAUGGAUGCGCUCGAAGCACAGCUGGUGUCGGGGAUGCUGCAGUCGGGCUGGCAGCAGCGCGAACAGUACAUCCGCGGCGUGCUGCACACCGCCUUGCUCCAGCAGCUGCAGCAGGAGCAGGACCGGCACCACGGCGGCCGGCGCGGGGGCGCCCCUGCUGCUGCCGACUUGUUUGCGCACGCGAGCCGGCGCGACCUCGAGCGCCAGGUGCUGUCGCUGCUUCGUGGCCACAGCGGAGAGCAUGCGCACACCAUGCCUUCCUUGGACGUGUCACAGUUCCCGCACCUGACGUUUGCCCUCGACGCCAUCGUGUACUACCUUCGCGCGCGCCAGCAGCUGCUGCUCGACCUAGGACUCACCACCCCCUCAAGGAAAGACGCGCUGCCCACGUUCUUCCUGCGCUCGCCCUCCAUCUCCGCCGAUGGCGGCGUUCAGGAGCCCGACCUGUCCAAGCCGGGCGCGCAGUCGCUGCCGCUUGCUGAGCGGCCCGAGCGGUUGCACCCCCAGGCCACCCGCACCUCCCUGUUUGGCCGCGGCCGGGCCGGUGCCAGGCAUGAGGCAUCCCGCGCUACCCCGCGCGCCCUGAGCAUGGGUCGUCGCACGCGCCACCAGCUCGCUGUUUUGCCACUGGCGGGCGCGUCCUCAGCGCAGCACAACGGCGACAGCAGCGCGGAAGACACCCAUCCCACCAAGCGUGCAAAGGUCUCGUCAGACACCACGUGCAGCGGCGACUUUGCGUCGUUGCUGGAUGCGUCGUCGCCUGUCGACCGCGUGUCUCGCCCAGGCUACGCCAUGGACGUGCCCCUGCACGAAUUUGCUGUGAGUGCUGUUGGCGAGCGAUGGAAGCUGUCGGUCAACAUCCUGAGUCGCCUGUUUGGGCAGACGGUGCUUCGCAGGAUGCUGCGGUCGCUGCGUGGCAAAGCGCGUGGUGCGGGCCUGCGCUUCUUCGUCAAGCGGGAACGCGAUAACGCCAUCCUCACCACCCUCACCACUGUCCUCAGGCUGGCUCAGCGUGCCAACGCGGCCGCUGCCGCUGCUGCCGACGUUGGCGGCGGCGACGGCGGCGACAGCACAGGCCGGCAACAUCUGCGCACCACCUACGCACCCAUGCAACCGCCCAUCGGCACUUAUCGGCCAAGGCGUUCGGCCGGAGCGGACCUGCUUGCGCGGCUGGGCAUCGCUGGCGACGACGCCCACGACUCGAGCGCCACCUCGGCCACGCGCUCGUCUGUGCGGCAGGACGUUGUUGACCAGCUGCUGGGAAGCCUCUACGACAACAUGGACGCACCGGGCGAUUAUGACUUUGGUGACACGGGCCAGCCCAUGUACUACGAGACACCGUCAUACUCCUCCAGCUCCAUUCCCUCAAUCCUGCCGCCCGCGGUGCCGCCACCACCGCCGCCACCGCCGCCACAAGUCGCCGUAUCGCGCCGCCCGCCGAGCGCAGCGUCGGCAUCGGCGAUGGCCCUGCGUGCACGGCGCAUUCAGGCCAACGCAGAGGAGCGACGGCGCAGGCGCAACGCCAACCAUGGCGGUGCCAGCGGAGACAGUGGCAACCGCUCCAGUAGCACCGACGCUCAGAGCGCCAGCAAUGCAGCAGGUCCAGCAGCAGCAGCAGCAGCAGCAGCAGCAGGGACAGGAGACCGCACGAACAGCAGCAGUCAUCGGACGGCGGCGACGGAGGCGAUGCUGUCCAGGCUGGAGCGACGGCUGUCUCGGUGGGCCAACGAUCCGCGCGUUCGGGGCCAGCACGAACCGCCCUCCGCCUCAACGCGUGCGGCGACCGCGACCACGCCGUGGGUUGGUGCUGGCGGAACGCGCCGGCUGGACACGAUUCCGUCCGAGGCGUUGACUGCGCCACGCAGCAGCCUGGAGGCACCGCCCUUUGCCAUGCCGGACCAGCCCGACAUUGCGUUUGAGGGCGAGCUGGGCGAAGGCGUUGGCGUGACCCGGUCCUUCUACACGUACCUGUGCAUGGAGCUGACGCGUGCGGCGGACCUGCCACGGCCCAACAGCACGGUGGCGCGCAUGCUUGCCGAUGCUGCGUUUGUGCAGUCGCUGUCUGCGGUCACGCCCACGGAGAUGGAGGCGAUUCGCCGGCGCCUCAUCCACGACCUGGAGACGUUGGAGCGCGAGAGCAGCGGUGGGGCGGCAGCCAAGGCUGGCGCAGAGGCCCUGUUGGCCGUUGCCAUUCGCUGCGCGGGCCUGGCAGACCACACAGACAACGCGUACAUUGCGGACAUGGCGCGCGGCGUGGUUGAGCGCUGCAGCAGCCGUGGCGGGCUGCUGGCGCAGGUGCGGCGCACCACGCUGCCGAGCCUGCUGCAGACGGUUGGCCUGGUGACGCCGCGCUCCGCCGGUGCCGGGGCAGACGGGUUUGACCUGUCGCGUCUGUUCUGGGAGCCGUCCAAGCCGGGCGUUGUUGCGCCGUGCCCAAUGCGGCACCCGGCCAAGUCCAACACGUACCGGCUGGCGCUGCUGCAGACGGUGGGGCGGCUGGCGGGGCUGUGCCUGCUGCACGAGGACCUGUUCCCGCUCAAAUUUACGCGGCCGGUGAUCAAGUUUCUGCUGGGCCAGGACGUGCGCUGGCACGACCUGGCCUUCCACGACACGGCGCUGUACGAUUCGCUGCGGCAGCUGCUGCUCAUGCGCGAGACAGACCUUGCCGCGAUUGCGUCGCUCAGCCUCACGUUUGAGGCGGCGCUACCCGGCCCGGCGCCAGCGGCAGCGGCAGGAGCAGGCACAACCAAGGGCAGCGAUGCAGGAGCCACAAGCAGCGGCGAUGGAGCUCGCAGCACCGACGGCAGCAAAGGCGUCAAUGAAGAAGCAAAGCAGAGAACAACGGUGGAGCAGACGCCGCCACCGCCGCAGCCGCAGCCGCGCACGGUUGAGCUCAAGCCGGGCGGCGCGGACAUUGAUGUGACCGCGGAGAAUGUGCUUGAGUAUGUGGAGCUGUAUGCGCGCUUUGUGCUUGUUGGCUGUGUGGAGAAGGAGUUGCAAGCGAUGCGAUCCGGCUUGCUGAGCGUGAUCCCGCCGGGCGUGCUGGACCAGAUGAGCGCGGAGGAUGCCGUGCUGCUGCUCAACGGCUGCAGCGAAGUGGACAUUUCCCUGCUGAAGACGCGCACCAAGUUCCGCAACGAGACGGGCGAUGCCAAGCGCUUUGCGACCAUGCAAAAGUGGUUUUGGCAGAUUGUGGAGGGCAUGACCUCUGAGCAGCGGCACGACCUGCUGUACUUCUGGACGUCCUUUGCCACGCUGCCUGCGACGUCGAUGGGCCUUAUGUCUGAUCCGCAGGUGGUGGUGCGGCCCCCGAGCGACUCGCUCCUGCCGUCAGCCAACACGUGUUCCUCCCGACUCUCCAUUCCGGCCUACUCCAGCAAGAAGAUUUUCCGUCGCAAGCUUCUUCAGGCCAUUACCACCAAGGCAUUUGGCUUUGUUUGA